AUGAUAGCUCUUCUGAAGUGGAGUAGCUCCUUUAAGGAGAAUAAAGGCAGUAGGAAAGUACUUGACAAGAAAGCUAAGAGAAGAAGUAUGCAAGUGGUCUCAGUUUGUACUUCUUGUGGAGAAGAAGAUGAAUCUAUUAAGUCCAACAACCUCUUGAAAUUUCAGAACACCAUGAUGCCUGAAUAUGAGGUUGUGAGAGCAGCUUGGAAGGAGUGGGGAGAAUUUGCUUUGUGUCUUCUAGGCUACCUAUUAAGGUGGUUCUCCCUGGCUGUAUUAAGGCUACUUGGCCUCUCAGAUUAUACUCUUUGUAAGCAUUUGGCCGGACCUAUUGCCUUCUAA